AUGCUGCGGUUGAUGUUUAGUCGGGCCCAAGUGUUCCUCAACCGGUAUCCAGUGGCUCGGGGGAUGGUCACGUACAGUUUCCUAUGGCCCACCGGAUGUCUCAUUCAGCAGUCUCUCGUCGGAACGCACUGGAGGGACUACGACUGGACGAAAUGCUUUCGGUUUUUCGUGUAUGGAGGAUUCAUCGUUGCGCCCUCACUUUACUGUUGGAUUCGGCUGGCCUCCAUGAUGUGGCCCGCCCAAACGCUCCGAUCGGCGAUAGCGAAGGCAGUUACCGAGCAAAUUAGUUAUACACCGUUGGCGAUGAGCCUUUUCUACUUUAGUAUGAGCUUGCUCGAGUCCAAAACGGUUAAGGAAUCGUUCGCCGAAGUCAAAGCCAAAGUGCCACCAACGUACAAGGUUGCCAUCUGCAUCUGGCCUUUACUUCAGACGUUCAAUUUUUCUGUUGUGCCGGAAAAGAACCGCGUUCCCUUUGUCAGCAUGUGCAGUUUGCUGUGGACGAUUUUUCUCGCCUACAUGAAACAACUGGAGCUGGAAAAGCUCCAACAGAGCAAGUCGCUUAUUCCAAAGUAACGUUUUAAUGUUUUUAGGUUUUGUAGGAAUAGUUUGUAAACUUACGUAAUUAUGUCUAAUAAAACGUUCACGACUCAUUCAGCACCGA